AUGGGCAUCCAAGAAGAGCCCUCUCUUCGGAGCUCGGAGAAGGCCGAACAAGUCUCGGAUGUCGAUGAGAGCUAUGGCGUCUACGCACAGCGCCCCGGAGAGGAAGUCAGCCCGGCGGAAGCAAAGAGCGUCCUUCGCAAGAUCGACAUUCGAUUGAUGCCGAUUUUGUUCUUGCUCUACCUGUUGCAAUACCUCGAUAAGAAUGGCAUCAAUUAUGCCAGUGUCUAUGGCUUGCAGAAAGGGACGAACCUUCAUGGGGAUGAUUACUCUUGGUUGAGCUCGAUAUUCUACUUUGGGUACAUGGCUGGCCAGUUCCCGGGUGCCAUCCUGAUGCAGAAGCUUCCAACGGGCAAGUUCUUGUCCAGCACGGUCUUGUGUUGGGGUGUCAUCCUCAUGACGACUCCAGCUUGCCAUAACUUCGCCGGUAUGGCCGCCAACAGAUUCCUUCUGGGCUUCGUCGAAGCAGCAGUCAACCCCGGUUUCGUCAUCCUGAUGGGAAUGUGGUACAAGUCUUCGGAGCAACCACUUCGUCUGGAAUCAUACUACUGCACCAACGGCAUCGCGACCAUGUUCGGUGGUCUUAUAGGUUACGCCAUCGGCCACAUCAACAGCGGAUUGCCCAAGUGGAUGUACGUUUUCAUCAUCUUCGGAGCUUUGAGCUUCUCCGCUGGUAUCUUGUCGAUGAUCGUCCUGCCGGAUCUACCAUCGACGGCGAAAUUCUUGACCGAGAGGGAGCGAUUUAUUGCCGUGGACCGAGUGUCGAAGAACAAGCAGGGUGUCAAGAAUCGCAAAUUCUCCCGACAUCAAGCCUGGCAAACGGUGGCCGACCCGAAGACGUGGAUUCUGUUUGUCAUGGCGGUAGGAGCGCAAGUCCCAAACUCAGCGCUGACCUCCUUCACCUCGCUCAUCAUCAAGUCGUUUGGCUUCGGUACGCUUGGGACGCAGUAUCUACAGAUUCCUGGCGGAGCGGUGCAGUUCUUGUCGUUGCUGGGAGGAGGAAUCAUCUGCUCGAAGUUCCCAAACAUUCGCUGUCCGACCAUGAUUGUCGCAAACUUGAUCUGUAUCAGCGGCGCAGCGAUGUUGGUGGGCUUGCCGGCGGAUAUCAAGUGGGGCAGACUGGUGGCGAUCUGGUUGUGCUACUUCCAAGGACUUGGCUUCUCGAUGUCGUUAACGAUGAUCAGCUCGAAUGUGGCUGGCUACACGAAGAAGCAGCUGACCGGUGCCAUCCUCUUCACUGGAUAUUGUGUUGGUAACAUCGUCGGUCCUCAAACGUUCAAGAGCAGUGAGAAAGACUUCCACUCGGCGUAUAUUGCCAUGCUUGUGGGAUACUCGAUUAAGCUUGCGUGUGUGGUGAUUCUGUACAUCUACAUGUACUCGGUCAAUAAGAAGCGGGAUCGAGAAGCAGCGGCCGCGGGUACCUUGAGUGAUGAGGAAGAGAGGGCUGCCAUUGAGCAGGGCAUGCAUGAUGUGACGGAGCUGGACAAUAAGGGGUUCAGAUAUGCUUUAUAG